GACCUGCGGCGCUACCGUGGGGCUCCCGUGGACGUGGCCGAGGAUUUCGCCUUCCACAGCUGCAGCACCAUCUGCAGCCUCCUCUUUGGGCCCCUGGGGGCGGCACCAGGGGGGCCGUUGGGCCCCGCGCGGCUCCACAUGGACCUGUUCAUCGGCGGCACCGAGACCACGGCGGCCGCGCUCGCCUGGGCCGUCGCCUUCCUGCUGCACCGCCCCGAGGUGGCCGCGGGCGCCCGCGCGGAGCCGCCCGGAGGGGGCCGGGGGCUCCUGGCCGCCACCAUCACCGAGAGCCUCCGGCUGCGGCCGCCGGCGCCGCUGGGGCUGCCCCACCGGGCCCGGGAGCCCACCAGCGUCGCGGGGAUCCCCGUCCCGCGCGACUCCCUGCUCAUUCCCAACCUCUUCGCCGCCCACCACGACCCGGACAAGUGGCCGAGACCCGAGGCCUUCGCGCCAGAGCGCUUCCUGCAGGAGGCUCCGUCCCGGGCGCCGCUGCCCUUCGGCUUCGGGGCACGGAGCUGCCUGGGCGAGGGGCUGGCGCGGGCCGAGCUCCGCGUCUUCCUGGGCCUCCUGGUGCGGAGCUUCCGCCUGGAGCCGCCGGAGCCCGGAAUCCUCCCCCGGCUCGACGUGACGGGCGGCGCCGUCCUGCGCUGCCCCCCGUUCCGCGUGCGCCUGGUCCCCAUCGAGCCCUGA